UGUCACCACUCACGCUGCCUGUCUGCACUCUCUAUCAUAUGCUUAAAUUAUUAAUUAAAUUAUUACAUGAUAUAUGAUGAUAGCACACCACAACAUACGAUUCUUCUCCCCCUUGUUAUAUUUACCCGUCAUUUCCUCUUUUCUCAUUUUUGUUCUCUCUCCUCUCCUUCUCUCUCUACCUGAAGGAGCAGCGGCGUCACCUUCCUUCUACAACGAGACGACCUCAAUCGCAUCGACCAACUUAGAUCUUCUUCAAUCCCAAAGAUUUCGUUUCGCUCUCUCUUUCAAUUUCGCUUCUAAUUUACUUAAUUAACUGUUGAACAUUUAAGAUGCCAAAGGAGAGAAAAGAUAGGUCUUUGUCACAUGAUAGUAGCAGAACAUCACCUUAUCCAAGCAGCUCUAGUCGUGUAAAAAGAUCUACUUCUAAAACUCCUUUAGAGUCCGAAGAAAGUAUAAAAGAAUGGGAAGAAGCUAGGUGUCCCGUCUGCAUGGAGCACCCUCACAAUGCAGUUCUCCUCAUAUGUUCAUCCCACGAGAAAGGAUGCCGCCCAUAUAUGUGCAACACUAGCUAUCGCCACUCAAACUGUCUGGAUCAGUUCUGCAAGUCAUUUGCAGAACCCUCACCGCCAACCGUUCCCCAAGUAGAUAGUGAAAUUUCAAACCCUGAAUCACCUCAAGUACAAAGCAGCACUGAAGCAAAUAUCAUUGAUGUGCAAGAAGAAACUAGCGAGGGAUUUGUUACAAUGCAAUCCUUGUCUUGUGAAGACGAGACAAAAUCAAAGCUAGUAUGCCCUCUGUGUAGAGGGCAAAUAAAAGAGUGGAAAGUAGUUGAUGGGGCUCGUCAUUUCAUGAAUGAAAAGUCAAGGAGCUGUUCUUGUGAGAGUUGCAACUUCACUGGUACAUAUACAGAUCUCAGAAAGCAUGCAAGAGUUGAUCAUCCUCUUGAGCGUCCAUCUGCGGUCGACCCAGAGCGUCAGCGUAAUUGGAGGAGGUUGGAGCGGCAGAGGGAUCUUGGUGACCUGCUUAGCACACUUCAAAAUUCCUUUGGGGAAAAUAGGGUUGACGAUGGCGUCGGUCUUGCUCCCAUAGAUGAUGGUGGUUUACUAGCUGUAUUCUUCCUCAUUCUUCAACCUGCAUCUGUAUCUAGAGGAACCACAGGAACUAGACUCCAGAUGAGAAUUAGGAGACCAUCUAGACUCUGGGGCGAAAACUAUGAGGCAGAAUCUGGAUCUGCUACUAGAGAUGAUGCAACAAAUGAGUCUUCAGAUGGAGGCUCUGAUAAUAGAAGGCGCCGUGUUCGGCGACGCAUUCAAACACCCGACAGUCAGCCAUAACUUGGAAUAUCAGAUGUUUCAAUUUGAAUUGUUGAUGAUGUUCCCAAGUAAUAGGUGGAACAACAAGAGAAAGAGGAGAGUUUCCUAUCAAGUGUGGAACAGUUCUUGGUUUACAUUGAUGAUUGUCAAAGAAUGAGAAGGAUGUGAUUCGUUGAGUAUCCCAUAAUCUGUUUAUUUAUAACAUUUUUACCCUUCAUCUUUGGUGCGAUUUCUCCAGAAUUCCAAACAAUUUAGUUUGAAAUAAAUAUACUGUUUGUUUCUUUUCUUCUCUACAAUCUAUAUAUAUGCAAGGAAAAAAAAAAGCUGUGUGAAAUAUUGAUAA